CUUCAAGUCUUUUCUGUUGUGGCCUCCUCGGUGUGGUGAACUAUCCAGAUCUGCUUGCGUGGGACGUACGGUAGUUGUUGACAAAGAUCAGACGAUUUUAACCAACCUUCACCUCUAAUUAACUCGAUAUCCUUACGACGGGCGAUAGCACCAUAUAAAACACGCACUGAAUUGCGAAACAUAAUCAAGAACAUAUACCAUGCUUCCCUUAUCACUUUUGCACACUGCCUCUGGUCAUCCUAUGCUGGUUGAAUUAAAAAACGGCGAGACUUUCAACGGACACUUGGUCAAUUGCGACAACUGGAUGAAUCUCACCCUGCGCGAAGUUAUACAAACCAGUCCAGAUGGUGAUCGCUUUUGGCGUCUACCUGAAUGUUAUAUUCGUGGAAAUACAAUCAAGUACUUGAACGUUCCCGAGGAAAUUAUCGACAUGGUCAAGGAAGACGAGAGCAAACAGCGACAGAAUAACCGUGGAAACCGAGGUGGCCGAGGUGGUCAAAACAGUGAUCGCGGUGGUAGACCAUAGGCUACGAUUUGCAAGACAC